AUGUUAACCUAUGCACGAUUCAGUUUUCAUUUGCUUUCGCUUCAAGCUCUGAUGGGGCACCGACUUCGCGUGAUACAUCAGGCCCACAUGCGCCACCUCCCGACUGACACGUUUGCAAACGUGGCACGUUUCCUUGGCGCUAGAAGACUCCCAGAUUUCAAGGUGGAGCGCCACAACCAUCAGAAGGGCUAUCGGACAGAUCUCUGCGAAAACAAGUCCUUGGUCACUGACCUACAGAACUUACUGGUUGACGAGUAUCGUGCCAUGGAGCUGCUGCUGGCUUCAAACGCAGAUGGCCUUCCCCUGCCGGAGGAGCUUCUGCUGCGACAAACGCGAUGCGACCGCCCGGAGGAAAUGCAGGGGGCUUCGCCAGAGAUGCGCCGUGCACCGUUGCUGGUUGCUGAAUAA